CUCGGGGAGAGAAAAGCAAAACAAUCAUUUAUUCGCUUUACCGGCGGCGCGCGGGGGGCGGAGAUCGAGGGGCUUCACCGAGCCGCGCAGAAUCCGGUCAGAACGGUCUCAGUAGAUGCGCGUUUCCCCGCCCGGCUCCGGAACCCGCUCAGAGCCCGUCUUCUGUCUGUAGCGCCGCGCGACCCGGUCCAACAUGACUUCCAAGCGCGUGCUCGAGCACUGUCUGACCGGCGCGAGGGCCAGCUGCGCCGGUAACAGCGCGCACGCGGGGAACGGCGAGGUGGGCGAGAGGGUCGCGGCCGUGGACUACGGGGUGUUACCGGCGAGGAAGAAGGGGGUUAUUGCGCUGAACGGCUUCAGCCCCAAACUGCUGGACAAGGGCUGUCUUCAGGAACCCAGCCGAGAACCAUGUCUGAACGGAACCCAGAUCAGCUCGGGGAGAGAGAAACACUACAGUAAGAAGAAAACUGUGGGCUGUUCAGGUGAGGGGGAUGAGCGAGAGAUGGGCCCUGGCGUCCUAAAACGAGGCAGCCCGACACACCUCCUGGUUUUAAAUGGACAGAGGCCGGAGGACCACAUGCACGUGGAGGCGGUGACUCCAGUGAGGCGGCCCCAGGAGACGAGGUGUGUUCUGCCACAGCGAGUUACAGACCCUUCCACUGAGGACCUCAGUUCAUCCUCGCAUAUCCCCGUCCCACGCAACAGGAAGCCCUCAGGCCAUGCUGACAAGGAGGUAAUGGCAGCCACCGUCCUAACCACAUUGUCCACCAGCCCUCUGGUUCUCAACCCCUCCUCCAGUGCCUCAGGUGCAGUCCCAGAGCCAGCCAGCAGGGUGUGGAAGGAGAGCCUGUCAGCCAGCUACAGCAGUUCCACCAGUGGCAACUGGAGCUGGGACGCCAGUGACCAGUCUGUGCCCUCCACACCGUCCCCACCCCUCUCCAACGAUGUCAGCAAGAGCUUCCUGCUCUCCUCACAGGCCGAGGACAACAUCGAGGAGGCAGAGAGCACGCACUUCCUCUUUGACGACCCCAUUCCGCGGAAACGGAAGAACUCUGUGAAGGUGAUGUUUAAGUGUUUGUGGAAGAACUGUGAAAAGGUCCUCAGCACAUCCUCAGGGAUCCAGCGGCACAUCCGCACUGUACACCUGGGACGGAAUGGAGAUUCAGACUACAGCGAUGGUGAGGAGGACUUUUAUUACUCAGAGAUCGAGGUGAACAUGGACACUCUGUCUGAAGGCCUGUCCAACCUCACGCCCACGUCACCCACCACAGCUGGACCUCCCCCUGUCUUCCCCCUGCCCAGCGACGUGCUGCGGUCCGAGCCCCACCUGAUCCACAGUCCGCUCAGCCAAUCGGCACCAUCCACGCUGUGCCACAUCCGCACUGACCACGCCUACCAGGCCACUGCUCCUGUCAACAUUCCCAGUGUGUCCUCUGAGCUGCCCCACAGCCAGAGCGCCAUCAGUGUCUCCUGGCAAUCACCACCUGCCCUCUUUAAAAGCCCACCGGGCGUGGUGAAUCCUGUCCGCACUGUGAGCAUUGGGGAAAAGAGACAGCCCAUCACACACACCACCACCACCACCAAGACACACACCAUCAGCGUAUCAGCGCCAAAACCAACCGCCGGAACCAGGAAACCCCGCGGCGAGGCGAAGAAGUGUCGUAAGGUGUACGGGAUGGAGAAGAAGGACCUGUGGUGUACGGCCUGCCGCUGGAAGAAGGCCUGCCAGCGCUUCACUGACUGAGCCGUCUAUUUCUCUUCCAACCAAACGGACUCCUCCUUCAGGUGAUUCACGUUUUUAUCACGUGAUCACAUGACUGUUUUUUUUUUUUGGCUCCUCCCUCUCUGCUGCCCCAGGAUGGACUCUUUUUUUCAGGGCUGAGCCGCAGCGUGGGCCGGGGUGAGGGGUGUUUUGGGAUGUGGCCAUUUCAGGAGGAGCUCUGCGUCCUCUAAACACCACAGCCAGCCGCAGCCAGACACAAAUAUUUCACUUUUAUGAAACAUGCAAAAAAGAAACAAAAACACAAAAAAAGGAGAAAAAAAGAGAAAAGCUGAAGAAAAAUCUUGAGAUAUAUUAGCUUUUCAGCACUGUUCUACAGCAGGAACUUACUUCUUUAUGAAUCAAGAAAAUCAUCUGAAAAAAAUCUGAAAGUGAUUCAGUCAAAAAUCCUUUUUUUUUUUUUUACUUUUCCCACAUGUUGCACGAGUUCGUCAGAAGGCGGCGGUUGACGGUUUCUCCUGACGUUCUGACAUUAAAGUGGGGUAAUCUUUAUACAGUCCUCCAGCUCAGAUGAUGUAAGCUACUUUAUUGAGCUCUCUGAGCUGCGCGAGUUUUGCCUUUUGGCUUUGUUUAACUUGCUUUUUUGAAAUUGCUCCAAAUUGGCAGCGUGUUUAUUUGGGCAGCCCACUUUGAAAACGUGCCCCCAUCACUUCUGCUUCCUGUUCUGUACGUGAUCUUCAUUUAAACCAAAGGUAAACAGUCUGACACUGCGUCAGUCCAGACCACUGGUCUUUCUAGACUCACUGGUCUUACUGGUCUGUUUGGGCUUUGGGUCUGUCUCUUACCUUUUCAGCACUAUUAUUUUACCUGACACACACACACACUGAGCACGCUCUCUUUGGCUUCGGUCAAAGAGACUGAUCAGUUGAAAUCAGUCAAAGUUAUCAUGUGUUGUGGAGCAAAUAAUACAUGCUAAUAUGCUUUAUGCUUUGUGGCUUUAUACAGGAUGUGGAAAUGACUGUGGCACCAGGACAGUGUAUAUUAGCUUUUCAGCAUUACUUCAGUUAGCAUCUGCUAGCAUUUUCUAAAUACUUCCAAAAAAACCUACCUUUUGCACCUCUUUUUUUAAUUUCCCUCACUACAUCCUUGUUUUUUUUUUUCUUUUCAUAAAAGCCAUGUUUAUAUCCCGACUUUUUCAUCACCAGCCAUGAAAGCCUUGACAUAUGAAGCAAAGUCACAGCUAUUUUUUUGAUAAACAUCUAUUUUUGUAUGGAUCUACAGUAUUAGAUUAAUUAUGAGCACUUUUUUCUGCAAGUUACAUUUGAUAAGAUACAAAACUAUUUCAUGGAAAGCUCACUGUAGGAUUUGAAUUUAUGAAUAGCGUACAGUAUAUACUGUACUAGGGAUGCACCAAACAUUUUUUUAGCCAAAACCAAAAACGUACAAAAUGAAACACAUUUCUUUGCCGGUUUUGAUUUAUUUUUGCAUAGAUUGCAUUAAUUACAUUUGUCUUAAGUUUUAAAGAAAAAGCAAUUACAAACUGCAAACGUGAUGUAAAUAUUUAUUAAAUACUUUUUCUUUUAAUCAACAAAGCACAAUAAAUAUUUCAAGUCACUUGUGAGAGAAAAGUACAAAGAAAGGCAGCUAGGCUUUUGAUAAACAAACAACUGCUAAAGCUAAGUUAGUUCAGCUAAUACUCAUUACUAUUCUAGUCCUGUGCAGCUCAUAUGUUUCAGCACAUUUGUGAAAAUGUAAUCAGUAGAGUAAAAAUGAACUUAAAUCUGCCGUUUGGAAGAGGGAGUUUAAUUAAAUGCGUCUUUUUUAGUUGCCCUAAUAUAUAUUUGGUAGAAUAUAUUUGGUGCAGCCCUAGUACAUACAUUUUAAAUCAGGUGAUGUCUACAGUGAAGCUGUCUCAUGAACUAUGUGUCCUUACAUCUUAGAUUCAUUCUAUUCAGAGAAGCAUUCUGAAGAAUAAAUGACCAUUACAGUGGCCACUAUAUUUAGCCCAAUACUGAGCACACUUUGUGUGUGGAACCUCCCAACCCAGUGAGCACUGACUAAUGUGAGAUGUUUGUGGUAAUCUAGAUUUGAUCUGAACUCAGUUGACCUGUUAAUUAAGAAUACUAUGUAAUUAAUCAAAUGAGAUAAUCAAGUAAAUCUGUUUUUUUUCACUGAACACAGAACACAUUAUUCUUAAUAGGAUGUGUGCUGCAUACGGUAAACAGAGUUCGUUACCAAAGACAUGUUGGGUCAAUUAUAUGUUUUAAAUGUUACUGCAAGCCAAUCGGAGAGCAGUACCAGCCUGGUAGUUCCCUCCAGCAAGGAGGAGGGGAAUACAAGGAGUUUUGUAGAUACAAGUGUUUAAAAUAACUAACAAAAAGUUAACCUCUAAAAUAAUUCUUCCUACUAGAACAGUGAGAGCCCCAGCAACCAGCCUCUGGUUCAGAAUUCAAGAUGGCUGCCCCAAAAGCACUACUUCUGUCUAUCUCAGUAUAUCAAUUGUUUAACUUCUAUCUGUGGGCAUGAUUACAUGCACAAAAUACUGAAUAAUAUGUUAUCAGCUGGUAUCGCUAACAAUGUUAGCCUGGGACAAAAGCUGAUAUCUAAAUGUAUAAUUUGAAUGCAGUCGUCUUAAGUGUGACAUCAUUCCCAACUCCCAACAUCCGAGGUAAAUGGAUCACAACAUAAAUCUUGUAAGUCUCAGUUUCCAACUAGAUCCUAGAUCUUAUAUAGCUUGUAUGAUCGUCAGGCGCCCAUGCAUACCACAUGUAUUGGUGUUGAAAACCCACCAAAAUCAUUUUUACAGUCAACUUUGGUCAGUGCUCACUUUCUCUAUAUAUACAGCUCUGGAAAAAAUAAGAGACCACUUAAAAAUAAUGUUUUUCUUUGAUUUUACCAAAUUGAAAACCUCUGGAAUAUAUUCAAGCAGAAGAUGAUCACAAGCCAUCAAACCAAGCUGGACUGCUUGAAUUUUUGCACCAGGAGUGGCAUAAAUUAUCCAAAAGCAGUGUGUAAGACUGGUGGAGGAGAACAUGCCAAGAUGCAUGAAAAUAUUCCAGCAAAUACCGAUUUCUAAACUCUUAAAACUUUAUGAAUAUGAACUUUUCUUUGCAUCAUCGUCUGAAUUCCAGCUAUUUCUCAUUUUCUGCAGAUAAAUGCUCUAAAUGACAAUAUUUGUUUUUGGAAUUUGGGAGAAAUGUUGUCCGUAGUUUUGUAGAAUAAAACAAUAUUGUUUAUUUUACUCAAACAUAUACCUAUAAAUAGCUAAAUCAGAGAAACUGAUUUAGAAACUGAAGUUGUCUCUUAUUUUUUUCCAGAGCUGUAUAAAUAUGCAUUCUUCCACAGAGCGUUGUAGAAAACUUCCUCAUAGGAUUAUUUGCUUCCCAUCCAGCAUCAUAAAACAGCAAAACAGUCCAAAACCAGGACAGAGCUCGUCUUAAGCCGGGGUUACACUACGCGAUUUUAGUCCUGAUUUUCGGCCUGAUUUUAGUUGUGAUACUCUGGAUCAGUCUGUGCUGGUUGAGUCUAGUUUGCAGAUGUUUGAUCAGUGGGAGAUGACAGUAGGAGAAAGAAUAAGUCCAGUUAAACCACUGUUAUCUGGUUGUGUGUACUGGUCACUUACUUAGUCUGAACUAGCCCCGACAACAGCCAAUGAAAACUGAGCACCAAAAGUAAACACAGCAAGUAUUUUUUCAGGUUUUCUUCAUUUACUUGCCUUUUUUACGUUUCAUACACAAAUGUGUUCCAAUGUUUUCUGCUCCACCGUUCGUAGCCAUACCAAGUCGGCUUCUGAUUAGGCAGCUUCUGAUUUUAAUUCAGCGUACCACCUGUACUGUAGCACCGUACUGCAGGAUCAUUUAAGGUGGAACGGAAUAAGACACUUAAAUAAGAAGUUAACAAUCUGCCUCUUGCGUAUCGUAGCUUAUAAUAUGAGCUGUGUUCUUUGCUUCCAGCGCUCACUGCAGCUUCUGUAGUUCAUGCUGACCCUGUUUGUGGUGUAUCUUGAUGGACAUUGUUUUAAUUCGCCAUAAAAAAUCUGUAAACCUCAGUUGGAAAGUGGUGAGAUACCACUUUAAAAGUCCUGUAGUACACAAGGGUUUGGCAGGUUGGCGAGGCCUUUGAAUGUGCCACUGUGCCAACCUGCCUCGCUUACUUUCUUAUUUUCUUUCCUUCUCUCUUAAACUUUCUUUGUGCUGGCGGUCUAACCAGCAUAGCUGCAAACAAUGACUGUUCAGCUUUGUACACACGUACACACACACACACACGCACACACACACACAUAUAUAUAUAUGCAGGGUUGCCAUGUUAUCUGACCCCAUUGAGGAUGAGCGAAGCCAUCUCUGAGCAUAGUACACAUGAUAAUACUCUGAAAGUGGAAGUGCAAGAAAUUCUAAACAAUCAAGACAUCGGCUGUGGAAAAAACACAGUUCCUAGUCAUCUACCCAGUCAAUCGUGAAGAAAAAAGGCACAAUCAGGGGUUAAAUGAUGGUAAAUGAUGUUAAAAUGCCUAGGCGGCUUGCCAUUGGCCACUUUCCCUGCCCGUCAGGUGUCUUGUCCAAUUAGAGCUCACAGCAGCUUCGGCUCAUCCCUCUCUGCGGUCAGAAAAGGAAGAGCGCAGAUCCCUCUAGUGGUCGUAAACUUCACUAAGUGCCAAUAAGAAGAACAACAAGAGGGAACGAAAAAAAAAAAUCGAAAAAGAAUUGCACUAACUUGUACUGCACAAAAAUGUGUAUUUUUAUGUGGCGUUUUUAUAUGCAUAAAUUGAAGUUUUAAAAAAAAGUUUAAUGGUCGUAGAGUAACUGUCGUGGGUUUCGAAACGUAGGGUCAGGGACGGGGCCUAAACACGGGCCCCCAAACUAUAAGCUUUUUUGGCGGUACUUACGACAAUGUGCUAAAGUUGGGCCUCACAGAACAGGUCCAGUGAGUUAUUUGAUCGGCCCCGAUUCGUUCAGUCCAGACUACUCGUGUUUGGAGUGUCACUGCCUUCACUGCCUCAUGGUCUUUACAAAGACUCGCUCUUAUUGAUGCUCCCAACAGUUCGAGACAUCUUUAUCUUCUGUUUGGACAUUUGUUCUACGUGUUAGUUCCCAGUUUUAAUCACCCCAUCAACCAACCAGAAGCUGAUCUUAACCUUUCCAGUAGAUACCCAUUUAUCGAUCAUUUCUCCUUUUUGGUUAUUCUUGCUGUUUAUAAAAAAUGGACAGUUUUUUUUUUUAAUUACAAAGUCCAUCAGACUUAAAAAUCAAAUCUACGGUUCAAAUCUCGGGUCAUGCUGCCUUUCCAUCAGUUGCCAGAGUCUGAGCGAGCACAAUUGACCAUUCCUUCUUUAAAAGGUGGUAGGAGUCAGGAGUGCAUUGUGAUGCUGCACUGAUUAUUGGCAGCUGGAAAAGAGACGUAAUCUGACUUCUCAUGUAUUGUAGUAGCCAUGUGCUUGUCCUCAUCUGCCUUAUCUGGACUUAUAGACAUAUAUUUCUUCAUUCAUGAAGGCUCUUAAAAAACAAUGUAUAAAAAGUAAAGAAAGAAUUACUGAUUUCUCUAAAAAGGAAGAAUGGUCAAUAUAUUUAUUGUUUUUUCAUUGGAAAAGAUCAAUCACUGGCUGCUAAUUUUACUGUUACACUAGCCUAUUGGUCGCAACUGUUUUCUCCAGCUCCACCCAGUCCUGCUGCUAUUUUGCACUAAUGGUGCAUCAUGGGAAUGGUUCUCCUAAACAUGCGAAGUUCUGUGUUUACCAAAAGAAAAUUGCACUUUAAUGGACGAUAAAGACUGCAUCCAAACCUGCACUGUACCACACUAAAUAUUACACCAACCUUAUAGUUAUAUAAGGUAAUAUAAUUUAGUAAUAUAGUUUAAAAAACACACAGGAUAUUUUUCAUAAAUAAGGCGUACCAGAUUAUAAGGCAUAUUAUAAGAGACACUAUAAGGAACUUCUAAGUCAGCAGGUCUCACUGCUGGUUGGUGGUGUAGAUAACUUUGUUAAGUAAAGCAAAGCUAAACAAACAAAACUGUAGUAAAAAAAAGACUUUCUUUGCUGGAUGUUAAUCUACACUGAUUUUUCUCCUGAAAACUGUUUAUUUGGGUGAGUAAAGCACUUCCGUUUAUUUACAGUAAGCUUAGAUUCACACUUUUUUCCAGUGCUAAGGCUAGAGCAUUAGCAUUAGCGGCUAACCGCUAUCAGCUACAGUCAGAUAGUACUCACUCUGAACGGCUAAAGAGCUAGUGCUUAGCAUGGUUAGCGUGGUAAUGCUAAUGUUAAUCAAACAGUGCUAUUCAGAAUAUACUCACCUCUAAACAGGGAAAUAGCGAUUAGCGGCUAAUGCUAAUUCUGCUGGAGAUGUAAACUGAAACUCCUGUAUAACGCUGUACUUCAGUGGAGUGGCUUUACUGUUCCUUAAUACCUGACUAGUAAACUUAAUAAAACGCACUGAAUUAAAAGGCGCACUGACAAUUUUUGAGAAAAUUAAAGGAUUUUAAGUGCUCAUUAUAGUGUGAAAAAUACAGUACUCAAAAAUAUGUACUCUAAAUGCAGUCCUUUUUAAUAAUUAGGAAUGAUACUGCUAUUGGCAGAUAAUUUCUAAAAAUGAUUUGUGUAAACCAGAAAUGUAGAUAUAACCAAUUCUUCAAAUCGAUAUUUCAGGACCUAUUUAUUGCACUCUCUUAAAGCACAGUUUUGAUGCUGGGCUGCUGCACUAAAAUGUAUAUAUAUAUAUUUUUUUUCGUUUUACUGCAAUUACACCCUUUUAUAACAUUUUAUCAGGUUUGUGUCAACAUCAGCAGAAAUGUACAUGAACAAUGUUAAUAUUGGUAUAGUGCAGGUUUUGGUUUGUCUGUGUGCUGUUGUACAGUGUGGAUUUGGAUGCAGCACAAGUUCUAAAUAAAAGUGGUAAACUCAAGAAAGCUCCCCUUAACCAAAAUAUAUUAUAAUAUACAUCACCAGCCGACACACAGUAUAAUUCCAAUAUUGUUAUGAACAGUAUAAAAGCCAAAAAAAAUGCACAGAAUGGAUGUCUGUGCCUACUAACUUAUGACAAAUUAAUUUACUGAUUUAUCAGUCAGUGACAGAUACUGUUAAUUUGGGAUGCACCGAAAUGAAAAAUUAAAAAAAAAAACAUUGUGCAGAAAAUACAGAACAUUUAUAUAUUUUAGCAGAUUUUCAGUAAUUUUGACACUUUUUAAUCAUGUAAUACAUUAAAGGACUCAUUCCAUUGUUUUUUCAUUCAUUUUAAAAUGUCUAGUUGUGGUCUGAAAGACAGGAUUUUGCCUCUUGUUCAUGAAUAUUGAAACAUAUCGCCUCUGAUUGGCUAACAGCACUGCAGCAGAGAAUGCGACCAGCCUCCCGUCCCACAGUCAAUUUUACAGCUCUAAAACUCUAAAACUCAAACUAAAUGUUUUCAGAGAUACAGCCUUAGUUCUAAAGAUAUAGCACUGAGUGCUAGGUAAAAUUAACCCUUAGAUUCUCAGCGUCGCUCAGCCCGAGCGGCUCUUCGGACCCCCCAUUGUUUUUCACAAAGAACAAGGAAAAGUGGAUUUUAGCGGAAGGAGACCAUUAAAUGGCCUAAACGGAGUUUUGUCUUUUCAAUGAAAAAAGCUGUUACAAAACAUCGCUUUCGCUACAUACAAUUUGAUGUACACCACUGCUGAAUAAAAUCAUAAUGCUGCAAUUUGAAUUAUUUAACCAAACGCUGCAAGUUGUUGCAACAUAUUUGGUGCAUCCCUACUAUAAAUAAUGUAAGUACAUAUCAGCAUGUACCAACAAAAAUCUGUAUCUGUAAUUAUUUUACAGAUUAUCAAACUCCGUUCAAACACACCAUGUGGCACAUUCAGGGACCUAAAGCAGUAGGCAGAGCCCACCUGUGUGAAAACAAGCCUACCAAUAAUCCUACAGAUCUGUCCAGCCAAAUCACAUGUGUAAGAAUCUGAAAAGAAGGCAUUGUGGGAGAUUUUUGAUGCAGCUACUGGGGACGGGAGUCUCUCAGGGAACGGGAGAGAGGGAAGCUCGAGGCAGUGACACUUCAGCAGAUACAGGCGGUUCUUUCAGGUUCAGAACCUUACGGAACCUGACAGAACCUAAAGCGUUCCACGCGCAGCAGUUUCCUCCGUUUCUGUUCCGGCACCGACGCCGUGGCUUUGUUUUAUAAUGUAAAACGGAAACUUUAAAAGAGAGAGUUGUAAAAUAACUUUUUCUAUUUUUUUUAGUUAGUGAAGAUAACGUGUAAAUAUUCAGCUUUUAUGUGGGCGGGGUUUAUGGGAGGGGGGGAACAACGAUGAAUGUAAAAUCUACGG